UACAACAUUAGACACGUGGCUUCUGCUAGCAGAUGGCGCAGUAAAUAAAGAUUUAGCAGGCCCAAAUCUGGAAGCCAGGUUAAGUCCCAACAGCCAAACUCAAUGUGGGACACUCCUGUAAGUAACAGUGGUAAGUUAGAGUGACAGGCAGCCCGAGGAGCGCCUGAGAGCCUGAACGCAGCACAGGACACACUGCACCGUAGGCCGUAAACGUACCGCAGGACAUUCACGCUAGCUGCUCAAAUAGCGAUAAUGCUCUCCAUCACAGGCGCUGUCAUCAAACACACCCGUGUCGUCCAGCGCGUCAAACUGCUACACACUUCUGCUAUUGUCAAAAUGCCGAUUCAGGUUGGUGAACAUCUCCCUGCAGUGGAGGUCCAGGAGGGCGAACCGGGAAAUAAGGUUGCCAUGGAUAAGCUCUUCGAGGGGAAGAAGGGAGUCCUCUUUGCAGUACCUGGAGCUUUUACACCUGGUUGUUCCAAGACUCACCUCCCAGGUUUUGUGCAGCAGGCUGCGGACUUGAAGAGUAAAGGUCUGCAGGAGGUCGCUUGCAUUUCUGUCAAUGAUGCAUUUGUCAUGGCUGCCUGGGGAAAGGAGCAUGGAACAGAUGGCAAGGUUCGAAUGCUGGCUGAUCCAACUGGAGCUUUUACAAAGGCAGUGGACCUGCUACUUGACAGUGAUCAGAUUGUCCAGGCCCUUGGGAACAAGCGAUCCAAGCGAUAUGCUAUGUUGGUGGAAGAUGGAGUUGUGAAGAAGAUCAAUGUGGAGCCUGAUGGCACUGGACUGACCUGCAGCCUGGCUUCCAAUGUUCUGUCUGAGCUGUAGGCUUAUUUAAAGCCUAUUAAACCAAACUGCAAACACAGAGUCAGUGUAAAAGUUGCACUAACAAAGCCCCGUAGCACCCUGUUCAAUCCUUCUCCUUUUCCCAAAGACUGAUGCAAAAGUCACAUGAACGCUAAUGUCAAAAACAGAGCUGGAAAGUUAUUAAUGCGCACAACUAUGACAUGACUGGCAAUCCAAAUAAAAGUGUUCCUUCUCUGUAUACUGAUACCUGUGAGUAAAUUAAAUUGACCCUAAAAGCAAUAAUCACGUUUUUCCUUUUUUGUUCAUAGUGCAAGUUACUUAUUGUGUCUGUUAUCAAAAUAUCCCACAGCUGUGAUCUUCUUAUGAUGAACGAUGCAAGGGGACAAAAUACCCAGUACAGUACAAAUAAAACAUUCUGAG